CGCCACGUGCCUCAAAGGUUACCACGUACUGUAUAAGCGAACACUUCACACCGCGCUACGGAGUCGAGUGUUAACGCCGUUACCGCACCGACAUAUGCCCGGCCUUCUCGGUAACACUGGAAUCCCCUCAGCUGCCCGUGUGGGAGAUCGGAAGCAUAACCUUUAAGAACGAUCAAAAGGCACAAACCGGCAGCCCGCCAGACGCAAGGGCAAGGUCUCGCGGGCGUCCGUCAACUUUUCCUCACUCGGUCGGUCGGUCAGUAACGUCAGUUACCCAUCGGACACUGUAUGGAAUAGACGCAUAGAGACAGCGUUCCAGCCCGGACGUACAGACUGACUUGAAGAGAGUGUAUUCCUGCUCCUCCGUACAAACUAUCUGUGUGUUCGUGUCUGAAUUGUGUGUGUGUGUGUUUGUGCGUACGCGUGACCCUGACGUCAUGAUCAACACGCUGGUUCACGCCUGUGCAGUGCCGCUGACCCUGGACGAGGCUCAGCUUGGGUCAGGCCGUCACUUGUGCCCCAUGUGCCGUCUACAGCAAGUCAACGCCCUCGACAUGGAGCUGCCGUCGUCACCAUCUUCUCCUGCUGACAUGAGCCUGCCUGACGUCAUCACCAGCAACACUCCGCCAGCCACACCGACUCACAGCGGUCACUUCUUCCCGACCGACGAGCCCUGGCCAGAUCACACCUCCGCCCCCGCCGCCCCUCGAUGGUAUUUGAAUCUGCCUCAGGUGUGCUGGGACGCGCUCUUCCCCCUCAAGAUGCAGGGCGGCGCGUCAGGUGAGCCCGAGAACACCUGUCUCACAUGGACGCGGGUGGGGCGGGACCUGAGGCGGAUUGCGGAUAUCUUUCAGAGCAGAGCCACAAGGGACCUUGAGGAACAGCACCAGCAGGACGCAGAGGCAGUAGCAGGAGUCUUAGCCACCGCCGCAACCAUCGCCAAAGGGUUCUGCGUCCCCCUGCUCUGUCUGGCCGCAUGGAAAAUCCUCUUCGGGCACAAAGAAGUGAUCCAGAAAUAGACUGAACCUACAAGUCACCUUAAGUUCAGUUAUAAGAUAAGUCGGCUCAGUAUUUGCUUCCUGUCUGGCCUCUGUCACCGCGGGAAUGGAAGUUAUGGUCUCCUAUUACCCGAAGACGGUGCAGAUGAGAGAAGGGAGAGGAAAUGGAGCACGAAGAAAGACGAAGCAAGGAAUGGAGGAGUUUACGAAGAAGAGUAGGCGGAUUUUCCUCCAGUUCCGUCUUUCCUGUUUCUCGUUGGAGGCUUCGCUCAAGAUUAUUUACUCAAAGUGAUCCAAAGACGGUUGAUUUGUUGUCAAGAUUUCCUUACGGCUGCCCGACCUUGACUGUGUGUGUGUGUGUGUGUGUGUGUGUGUGUGUGUGUGUGUGUGUGUGUGUGUGCUUGCUUGACAUUUGUAUCUCACCCUGAGGUCUUUCAUUAAUGUUGAAAAGAUUUGUAUAUACGUUAUAUCAUCAUUUAUUAUUAUUAUUAUUAUUAUUAUUAUUAUUAUUAUUAUUAUUAUUAUUAUUAUUAUUAUUAUUAUUAUUAUUAUUAUUGAUAUUAUUAUAUAGAAAUGUGCAAUAAAGGAUAGUACAACGA